GCAUUCGAGAAAAAUAACCAUUCUGUUAUGAAGCAAGUGAAUUAUUAUGUAUAAAAAAUAUAGUGUUAUUAUUUUUAUAAUAUAGUAAUACAUUAGAUACAGCAACAUUUUGAAACUUAAUAUUAUCUAAUGGAUUUGUACAAAUAAAUAAAUAAACAUAAUAAUAUUAUUUGCACGUAAUAAAUAACUAUUUAAAUCAAUUUAGACAUUUGGAUUAUUAUGAUUUUACCAUAAAUAUUUUACUGAAUAAAUAUUAUUUGUAUUUUGUUAGAACUUCGAUAUGACAAAAUACAAUGGCAUAGAAUUGAAACAAGCGUUUUGAACUAGCAUUUUGAACAAAAACAAUGAAUAACAUUUCCGGACAGUUCCGUAAAACAAUGUGGGAUCCAUUUCUUAUAAUAUCUCAAAUAAUUGCUAUACAAACUGUAAUGUACUUUUGUCUUGGAUUAUGGAUUUGGAUUGUUGCAUCAUUCAUAGGAUCCACAAAGUCGCUAGACUAUGCUUUCCAUUAUAAACAAAUACAUGUUAGAGAUUUUGCUGGUCAGUUUAUUAUAAUUAUUUUCAUUUUAAAUGCAUUGAUUGGAGCAAUUGCACUAUGGUGGUUAGUACAGAGAACAAAACAAUGCAUGGACUUUGCUUGUACAGCACACUUAAUACAUUUAUUAUGUUGCUGGAUAUACAAUGCAAGUUUUCCAUCAACAUUUAGUUGGUGGUGUUUAAACAUCAUAUCUUUAAGUAUAAUGUGUGUUUGUGGUGAAUUUCUUUGUAUGAAAACUGAAUUACAAGCAAUACCAUUAAGUAUGAAUAGUCAGAAAACAGCCCUGUAAAAAUUUGUUAUUAAACUGAUCUUUACUAAAUAUCAUUUCAAAAAGUUUUAGGUUAAGAAAUAAAAAAUUGUUUGUUUUAUAUAUUAACAUACAUUUAUAGAUUCUAUUUAGUAUCAUAAAUAUACAUUAUAAUAUCUAUGUAACUUAUAAUUUGACUACAUGUAUUUAUUAAGUUCGUUCAAUGAUUUUCUUUAUAAAAACGUAAACCACAAUAUCCACAAGUAUGGUUACCAGGUUUGUCCUAAAAUAAAAUGUAUGUAAAUAAACUUAAUGAAUAUAUUUAUUAAUGUUGCAAAUAUAUAUAAUUUAUACCAAAA